AAUGUUCAAUGAAAAUAAUAUUUAUCACUCAGAUUUCAGUGUAUACUUUUGUUAUUUUUCAUUUGACUUGGGUGUCAAAAAAUAAGUUGUGAUAAAUACGUAGAAAUAUUUGUUUUGUAUUCAGUCAACAGUUCAUAAAUCACGAUUGACGUAGUGAAAAGGAUAUAAUGCAACAGUUGAUCGAUUCGACUUUAUUACAUUAUUUACAUUACAUUCAUCUAUUUAUCGUUGUAGACAUUUAGAUACUUACAGAUCGGACAUUCAACAUGGUUACUACAGAGUUAGAGAACAAUACAAUUGAAGGAGUUACAUUAAAUAACAUGACUGAACAAAAUCGCAACAACACACAGUCUAAAAAUUUCACUCAUGUUGGUGCAUAUUCGUCAUUGUAUACAAUAUGUCAGAUAGUUGGAUUACUACUUAUAUUUUCUGUAUUUUAUUGGAUUCUCAAUUUCCGAGGAGGAUUUGGGUUUACUGAAGCCAAAAUCAUAUUCAACUGGCAUCCACUUUUAAUGACAAUUGGUUUUAUUUAUUUAUUUGCAAAUUCUAUUCUUCAUUAUCGAACAUUCCGCAAUUAUAAUAAACGAGAUUUGAAAAAUCAACAUGCAAUUAUACAUGGUUGUGUAAUUGUUCUUGUACUACUUGCUGGAUGGGCCUCUUAUGCUUCACAUAUUUAUAGUAAUCCUCCUAUUCCAAAUUUCUAUAGUUUACAUAGUUGGUUGGGUAUUGUUACUAUUUUAAUGUUCCUCUCUCAGUUUAUAAGUGGGUUUGUAUCCUUCAUGUAUCCUGGAAUAGCUGCCCAAUAUAAGGAAGCUGUAAUGCCUUAUCACAUUUUCUUUGGAAUUUUCAAUUUUAUACUGGCAGUUGCUACAUCAGUUCUUGGAUUCAGUGAAAAAUUAAUUUUUGCUUUGGAUAAAGAAUAUAAAAAUUACCCAAAAGAAGGAAUGUUUGGCAAUUUUUUGGGCUUACUGAGUGUUUUAUACUGUGGAUUAGUUGUGUAUUUGGUAACAAAACCAGAAUAUAAAAGAGAACCUAAACCUGAAGACGGUGUGCUGUUAACUGGAGCUUUAGAAUAACAGAUAUCCUAUUUAUAUUUAUUUAGUAACAAGUAAUAAUAUAAUUAAUUUACAAAAAUAACAAGUAAAUAUUAUUUUUCCAUGGCUUAUAUUCUAUUAUAAGUUAACCUGAUUUUGCUUUUGUUUAAUUAUA